AUGGGACCGGGUAUUUCGCAAGUAUCUAACUCUUUUGUCGCAAGAGAUGAUGUUUUAGCUAAAUACUCGAGCAAUAUUUUUGAAUCAUCUCCCGAUGAAAUCGCUUUUUCAAGGAAAUUCUCGACAGACCUAUUUAAUCAGCCGAAAGAAGACAUAGAAAAACCUCCAAAUAUACCAGAAGAUAAUCUGAUAGUAGAUAUAAUUUCGGAUCCAUUUGUGUUUACCCAAGUUGGCACGCCUAUGGAAGCUUGGCAUUCAGUUCUUGCGCAAUUAUUCAUUGGAAAUGAAACAACAAAGCCACAAUUACAUCAAGUAUUAACAGAAUUCUUCAUGUUCCUUAAUGCAAGACCAGAAAACAUACUUAACGCUGAAGAUCAAGCACUUCAAAGCUUGGAAACGAUAAAAUCAAUCGAAAAUCAAAAAAUCGUAGAAGCACUUUCUAAAUUUGACCAAUUACCAUCGAUUGAUAUCGAAAAAUUGCUUCCUCACCUCAAUGAUCCAAAAGAAUUCAUCAUAAAUCUGCAGAAAAUAUCAAAGAAUCCAUUUACUUAUCAUUCGAAUUACCUUGAGAUGUCGAAUGUCAUCGAACCAGUUGGUACAGAUUCCGAUUACUCGUAUCUUCAGCUAUUAUGGGGACUUCAUUCCGGCGACCUCGUCAGUUUACUUAAUGGACUUGUCAGCACGAUCAAAUCAGCCAUAAAGAAGGUCGAACCCAACUACAAAAUCGAUUUAUCCGAUAUAGAUGCAAAGUUGCCAAUGUUAUCUAUGGAAAAUGCACUGUCACUUCCAUUCGCUUCCACUGUAAUCGGAUCAACUGAAAUACCAGGAACCCAGAAAUACGAGAUGAAAGUCAAUCAAAUCACUUGUACUGACGGAAGAAAUUUAUAUAUCCUCGAAAACUGUCAGAGACUAACAAUGGUUAAACUUACGGGUGGAUUUACUGAUAAUCAAUCUCGAUUCUUGAGUUUUAAGAUAAAUUUACCGAUAAAAGACCUUACAACCGUUUCUCUCAUAUAUAACAACAAUUAUCUAUUCGUUAUUUCACCAGAAUUACCAGACGCUAAGAUUUACCAGGUCUCUCCGUUCAAAGAAAUGACAGAUAUCUUAUUAUACGAAGCAUCUGGUUUCUUUAGGAGUCCACACAAGAUAACAUCACCAGCAGUAAGCGAUGGCGAGUAUAUUUACUGUUUCAACUCUAAGAAAAUUUCGAUUUUUACGAUUGGAAAUAAAUUUAAUGUGAAUUUCAUUAGAGAAAUCGAAUUAUUCCAAUCCGAAACACACUUACUACCACCAUUCAACAAGAAAUUACUGUCAAACAAGUGGAUGUACGAAACAGUUCAGUACGUAAACGGAAAUUGCUUUACUUUCCUCAUUUUCUCGAAAAGGACCGAUACAAAGAUCGAAUAUUUCUCAAGAAGCUUCUCAUUGAUCGACGGAAGACACAUUGGAGACUCAAUUUUUACAAUUAAAUUCCCAAUAUUAGAUAUUGUCUCAGAUCCAUGGAACUCCUGCUUAUGGGCAGUAUCAUACACAUCAUCAGGACUUAGUCUUAUCAAACUCCAUAUGCAUGGUUCUCAACCUCCGUGGCUUACUGGAGUUCCAAUAGGAAUUUUACCGGCUUUGGACGAUGUACAAGUUGCUUUCGGAUCAGUUCACAAUUUGGCCACAGCUGCUAACGCUGUUUCUAUGUUUUUGCAGUAUUUUCCACCUCAUUUUGUCGGAUGCAACAUACGAGCGGCCAUGUCGACCAUGAACUUCUCCGUUGAUAUCUCUAACUUCUUCUGUCCAUGUACACAACGUGCAGUUUCCGCUAUUUUGACCACAUUAAAAUUCUUGAAAAUCUUGUACAGAAAAGCACCUGAUUCGACACCAAUUUCUAACGUAGACUGCCAGAAGUUGAUUAUCUCAAUGCUCUGCUUGCUCCAAAUCAACUUAUCCAACAUUCAUCAAAAUAUACCAAAAGAUAUCUUGGAUGCAGAGACCAAAUCUUUGCUUAAUGAGAUAUUAAUUGACACAUUCGAUCGCGAGGAAUACAAUUUCGCCUUCAAAGUCGCAUCUUAUGUCAUAAUUACUUGUUUCCCAUUACUUUUCAGGGAUUCAAAUGCCAGAUGUGCAUCAGUAUUCAAGCGCAUUGUUUACAAGACAAGUUUCAACUUUGUUUAUCAAAUGUUGAGAAAUCUUCAAAAUGAUCACUUUUUCUCUUAUUGUUUUACACAUUCUACAUGUUUGGAUACAUUCACACCAUUGUUAGACACAUAUGCAUCAUCUCCAAACAAACUUUCUCAAGUUAAUUACGAAAUUAUAACUUAUUUCCAGAGAAACUUGUUAAUUGAGACGAGAAGAAUGUACAACUUCAAUGCAGGAGAGCUAAACAUCAUUGACGAACAAAGACAAGAGACAUUUUUGACAUAUUCCAGAAUUAUUUGUGAAAAAUUUGCAAAUUUCAUUGUAAAUUUCACAGAUAACUAUUCUGAGUCAAAAUUACGAGAAAGUUCAUUUGUCAAGAACUUCAGGAAGUUCCUUCUUUUGCUCCAACCUCUUUCCAAAUUCUCAAGAGUUGCAAAAGAAACAAUUAACAUUUUAAGACAAGUUUUCUUCUCAAUUUUGAAUCUCAUUGAUAAGAAUAAACUGACAAAUGUCUUCAGCACAGACAAGAGAGGCUUCCAAUUGAUAUUCUCUAUAUUUUUCGAAGUUUUCUCUGUGAUAAUUGAAUUUUUGAUGUCACUUUUGGGAGGUGGCAACGAACUUGAGAAUUCCACACAGUAUUUGUGGCUUGUUCGAUCUACAAUUGAAGCCAGUAUCAAUGAAGACAACUUCAAGAGUCUUUACGAGAAAGUUUUCAACGAGAAAACGAAAAUUGAAGACAAAAAGAAGUUGAUUUCAUUAGGUAUCGAACAAAACCAAGAAUACAUUGAUUUUCUUGUUAGAGUUUUAGAGAAAGACCAACUUGAAGACUUAGUCAUCAUGUUGGAUCAUUUCUAUUCGAAACAAAACAAAUUGUUUGCCAAAAAGACGAAAUCAAAGACAAUGCGUCUUAAUGAUUUAUUAACAAUCUUUGCAUUGGCGAAACAAUUUAAAGUUGUUCCUGAAUUGAUGCAGAUCUACAAGAACAUCAAAGAAAAGAACCAAAUGAUUACACAAGUCUCUUACAAAAUGCGUGGAAUAAUGACAGCUGUUAAUGAUGUCAGAAACACUCAAAUUCACGCGAAACAAAAACUGAAAAUGGCAACGAAUAAAUCUCAAGGAGAAGAUUCAUCACAACACAAAGGAAAAUACCAUGGAUUCAUUGACCAAUUGACACAGAAAUUGGUGUUCCUUUUAUUGAUCAAACCAUGUUAUAAUUCGAAAGAUCAGAGUUCAACGAAUUUCCAGAAACAAUUGAAAGUUUUGUUGAAAUUCAUCACCGAUUCAAUUCAAAUUGACAAUGCUCUGCAAAUGAUUAAGACAGCGGAAAUGGUCAAAGCGAAUAUAACAAUGGGUAUUGAACAGAUCUUGGAAUUCCUCUCUAAAAACACCAACAAAACAUUGAUUUAUUUCAUGGUUGACAAAAUUGUUCAUUCUGACAAUUUCGUAAAAUAUUUGUCAGCAAUAAGACAAAUGGAAAAAGAGACAAACUGGAAACCUGAUUCCCCAAUCAUCAAUAAACUGAUGGCUUAUCUUUCCAAGUUGAUUUCCAAUUCAAAUGAGCCGUCAAUGCUCAAUUUGAUGUUGAUUUUCUAUUCAAACAUGUGUCUUUCUUUAGGAAAAGUUGACAUCAACUCAAUUUUCGAGCCAAUUUCAACAAUUUUGAAGAUUAUCUACUCAAAUCCAUUUAAACUCGAACCGGCUUUGAUACAAUCAUACACAGCAUUGUCUGCUAGUGCUUUGUACGCAAGUAUCAUGGAAUCUAAAGAACAGUUUAGUGUCGAACAAAGCCAAUCAAUCGCAAAACAAAUUUUCCCUGAUGGAAAAAUUGACAUGUCACGUUUAAUCGUUGCCAGAUUAUUCCUAUCGUCGGGAAUUAAAUUGAAUUUCAAUGUCAACACAUUGAUUCAUUUCAUUAAGACGAUAUCACCUUUGGAAUAUCAAUCAGCAUUCGCUUUCUUCUAUGAUUUCAUCAAAACAGACCAAGAUAAAAUGUCUGCGAUCAGAUGGAUGCUCAAAGAAAUUGCUAUCAUUGUUACAGGUGGAAAACCACAUUUCAAGAUGGGAUCUCCUUUCCUUUGGCAUGCAACUGAUGAAACGAAACAUGUUCACACUCCAGGAACGUUUUUGAUGGCUUGCAAUGCAAUGAUUUACGUAAUGAGAAGAUGUCUCAAAGAUGGCGGAGAAAUGAAAGAAAUUGUAACGAAUUUGUUCAAUUUCAUCCUCGAUUUCAACAUGAAUAGAACCAAAACGGAAGUUCCAAAACAAUACGAAUCAUUUUUGGAUAAAAGAUUUGUAUUUGCGGUUUUUGCGGUUUUGUCAAAUUCCUUGGAUACAGAACAACCAUAUUCAUUGAUCAAACACAAGAUUACGAACCAGGUUUACUAUAUAACUAAAGUAGACCACUUCGAACAAUGCUAUUAUGGCUGGAGAAUUCCAAUAACUUCUUCUUCAAGUUUGGAAAGAAUUGAAUUUUCACCUCACUUUGUCACAAAAUUAAUUUUACCAUUUGAAGCCGAAAUGUAUCCAGAAUACGAGCGCUUGAUACCAUAUUUCAAGACAUCACUUCUUGAGAACCAAUCGAGUUAUUCUCGCGAAGCAUUGAGCUACUUCAUUUUAAGUAGUUUAAGUGUUUAUUGCACGAACCAGAAAUUCUUAAAUGACUUCUUAGGAAGUGGAAUUCCAUUCCAACUUUCAAGAUACAAUGUCCAUGAUUACAACAAAGAUUUUAUUGAUAUCUUGAGAGCACAUUUAAGUACUCCUUCCGCUGGAUUUUGUGUUCCUCUUUCUACAUCACCUAGAUUAUCAUUUUGUUCGAUGACAAACAUCGCUGACAUGAAUCUCUGCAAAGUAACUGAUCAUUCUAUUGUUGUUAAUUGUGGAGCACAAUCAUUUGUCAGUGAUCCAUUGGAUCCAAACCAAACAACAUUCCUUCAUUUGGAGUUUAUUCCGAAACCAGAUUUCGAAGUUGGUUUGCAUUUCUUUUCUUUGCAUCCUUCAACUUCGGAGACGUUUAUCUUGAACUCCGAUGGUGCAGCAUUGUACAACGGUGUUGAUGUUGAAACAAUUCCUUUCAUCAUCUCUUUCACCGAUGUUACAUUAGCUUAUAAUCCUCGCAAACAAAAGUUGUUCAUUUAUGAUGGACAAAUGAGAGUUUUCACUUAUAACACACCACAUGGAAUUGCUUCCUUUAUAUUACAUACUUUCUCUCCAUGUGAUAUUAACUAUUCCAUUGGUCCUUCUCCUCCUUCUCACAUUCCAAUGAAUGAAUCCCUUGAAAGAUUGUGUCCUUCCGCAGGAAAAACUGUUUUCAGAAGAAACAAAAACAGAUCAAUUCCUAUGGAAGAACAAAUUAAAAGUGGAAACUUCUUGCAGACGAAUGCACAGAAGAUUACACCAACGAAACCAAUCUUCCAAGCUUUGGAUGAUUUAAGAGACGAAUUCGUUUACGAUGAAGAAGUUAAACCACCUCCAAUUGUCUCUUAUCCAGCAGGAAUCAUCAAGAAACUUGGUCAUACAUUGAAGAUAGACAAUGCUGAAGAAAUCAAGGCACAAUUAUUGACAUUUCCAACUGCAAAAUUAAACCAUACAUCGAAUGUUGGAACAUUAUGUAACAAUGUGAUUUACAAUGAAUUGAUUCAUAAUAACGGAUCAAUUAUUAAAUCAUUCCCUCCAACAAUGAUGCCUGUUUUUGUUGAUGACAAUUCAGGAGAUGUCACUAAACUCGAUGAUCCAAUUGUUCAAGCAAUAAACAGAUUCCAACCUUUGCAUCCAAUGACAUAUUCAAUUUUACCAGCAGAAAUCCUCAAUUUCUAUGCAACAGGAUAUGUCAAUUAUACAAGAGGAGAUACAAUAAACAACAUAUUCUUAUAUGCUGUUACUUCUCCAUCAAUAGGAGCAAAGAAAGCCAUUGAAGUUUUCAAGAUUCCUUUGCAUAAUUUGAUUGAAUUCUCAUUGACUUUGUUGUUACACAUUGAACCAAUAAGAAUACAAGGCAUCCAGAACAAAGAAUGUCCAAUUGAUUUCUAUGUAAAUGCCUUGGCAGACAACCAUCAUGUCAUUGGAGCAAAUUACAUCCAUAAGCAGGCAAUUGACCAGAUUAUGAAGUACAUUGUUAACGAAGGAUUGGCAACAGAAGCAGCAAGAAUCUGGGAUCAUUUGCUUAACCAAUUGUUCAGUGAUUGCGGCUUCCAUUUCGUAAAGAGAGGACAGCCACAUGCAAUCAUUUCUCAAUUGGCAGCUUUAGGACAACCAAGAGAAAUCACUGAGCCAACAGCUAAAGGAUUCAUUCUGUUUAGAGCAGGAUUUAACAAUGAAGGAUCAGUUAUUAUCAAAGAAGGAAAGAAAGAAGAUCCGUUUUCAAAAGGAAUUUAUUAUGUUCCAUCUGAUUCAUUCACUAUUUUACAUGGCGACGCUGUUGGUGAUGGUGUUGUUUCUCUUCCUGUUUAUCCAUCAUCGAAUGAAUCAUUCUUCGGAACAUUCUUUGAGUUGGCAACAUCAUUCAAGUAUUUCGUUUACUUCUUAUCGAUGUUCAACAACUCAAUAAAGAAUAUCUCCGAAUACAAGAACCACGCGUACAUCCAUUUCAUUGAUUCCUUCAUUGUUAUGUCUCCUUUCUUCAAGCAAUACGGUAACAAAGUUUUGGAAUUCUUGUGCCAAGUUUUGCCAUUGAAUUCAAUUGAUUUGGCCGGUGAAAUUAUUGUCAGAUUGAGUGUUUUCUCUGUUUACAGCGAGAACAACAAACAGGCAAUAAUCAGACAGUUCUUAAUCGACCAGCAAACAACAAUUGAAGAAAGAAUCUACCUUCCUUUGCGUGCAUUCUUCACUCCUUUCAAUACUCAAGCUUCCAAACUUGAAAUCGAAUUGGCUCCGAAACCAAUUCCUGAUUGGACAAUCCCUGAAAUUAAUUUCCCGAACGAACUCAAAUUGGGAACAGAUUGCAGCGAAUUCGCAGGUAUUUUGAUGAGAAUUACUGCACAAAGAAACAAACUUGAAGGAUUUCCAUUCCAUUUAGUCAUGAAAGAAUGGAUAUUGAAUGCAAGAAGUUUCCCGAAUUUCGACACACAAAGAAUCAGCAACACUGAAAUCAAAGUUAAUAUUCAAACAGUUUUCCCGACAACUUCGAAAUUACACUUAGUUUUCAAUGCUGAUUUCGAAAAAUACGGAAAGAUGAAGUUCGAAAACGAGUCUGAAUAUCAUUCCCCAGUUGAAUUCGACUCAGACAUCAGGACAUUUUACAUCCAGAUUGAAGAAGAACCAAACACAACAAUCAAUCCAAAGUUCUUCCUCAAAAGUGAUGAAACAUCAGACAUGAGAGAGUUUAUCAUUGCAAACAAAGAUCAGUUUGUAUCAGACAUUGAUAGAUUGUUCUGUGCAGAAUCAAAUGAUUACGUUACUGACGAAAGUAGCCAAUCAAUCUUACAAUAUGUUCCAAGCGAAACAUUCAUGAACAGAACAAUCAAUACAACUGUUACUUGUGCAAUGAUAUUAACAUGUCCAGCACUUAUUCCUGCACACAUCAUUUCAUUGCGUUUCAGAAUUCUUUUACCAAUGAAUUGGCUCAUUUUCCACAACUUGACAGGAGCAACUGAUUCCCAAAUCAGAUACGCGUCAAGAAUGAUGCCACAUGCUUUGAAACUAAACAAGUUCAUGGCUUUGAUCGAUUCCAAAUCGAACGACAACAACCACACGUUCGAAGUCGAUAGAAUUAAAGCUUGCGAUGUAAGAGAUGGAACAUCACAAGAUUUAUCUCAAACAUUCAUCGCACAAUUCGCAAAAGCCUACAAAGUUGUCAAAGUCUUCAGAAAGAGAGGAGAUCAACCAUUCAAAGUCAGGUUUGCGAAAGAACUUGGUACAGAUCAAGGCGGUAUUGCUAAAGAGUUUGUUGUUGAAGCAUUGAAAGAUAUAACUCUUCCAACAACAGGUUUAUUUGUUAGAGCUCCAAAUGCAGAAAGUGGAGAUGCAACAAAUGCAGAUACAUUCAUUCCAAUUGCAUGCAGCAGAAUGCAUGAACCACAUAAGUUGUAUCGUGCUAUUGGUGCUAUAUUGGCUAUCUCUAUCAGAUCAACGAACAACAGAGAUACUCCUUUGGCUCCUUUCGUCUGGAAUUUCUUGGCAACAAGGAAAUUGACGAUUGAGGACAUUUUCUCAGUUGAUUCUUCUUAUAGAGAUUUAAUUAGUUCUUUAGAAGCAGCGCUUGAUAUGGGAAUGGACGAUGAUACAUUCAAGAACAGAUUUAACUUGUCUUUCGUUGUUAGAUCUGCUACUGGAGAUGAAAUUGCAUUGACAGAAUUAGGAAGAACUAAAGUUGUUACUCCCGCAAAUUGCCGUGAAUAUAUUUCAUUGUCAAAUGAUUUCAGAUUAAGCGAAGUCCGUGGAUACUUGAAUUUCAUAAGAGAAGGACUUUGGGAGAACUUGGAUAUCAAAGCUCCUCCUUUCGUUGAUGGACCAUUGUUGAGAUAUUGCGUUUGCGGUGGUUCUUCAUUGAAACCUGAUGAUUUACUCAAAGUUACUAAAUUCGAUUCAUCAGUGAACAAGAGCGAAAGAGAGAUGUUUAUUAAGAUAUUGAAGACAUUCUCAGAAGAACAGUGCCAGAUGUUAUUGAAGUUCGCAACAGCAAGAGAGAAAUUGCCAUCACAGACACAGCCUGGACCUGUUUUAAUUGUUGAUGCAGAUAGAACUAAAGUUGAUAGAUGUCCAACUGCGGCUACUUGCUUCAACCAACUUCACUUGCCUUCUUACUCAUCUUAUGAAAUUGCAAAGAACUUAAUCCUUAAGGCUAUCACUUAUACAGGAACAUUCGAAAACAAAUGA